AUGGCCGCAGGUCUCCGGGUGGCCCUGCUACUGUUGGUGGUCACCUCCCUGGGGCUGAGUCAGCGGCCACACCCUGAGCCCAGCCUCCCAGCUCUCCAGCACAGCUACGACUGUGGGAGCCGGGGCAUGCAACUGCUGGUACCCCCGAGGCCAGGCCGGACUAUCCGUUUCAAGGUGAUGGAUGAAUUUGGGAACCGGUUUAAGGUAGACAACUGCUCCAUCUGCUACCACUGGGUCAGCUCCGAGCCCCAGGAACCUGCGGUCUUCUCAGCUGAUUACAAAGGCUGCCACGUGCUGGAGAAGGACGGGCGUGCCCACCUGAGGGUGGUCAUAGAAGCUGUGCUGCCCGACGGCAGAGUGGAGGUCGCAUGGGAAGUUGUUCUGAUCUGUCCCAAGCCGGACCACACCUGGCCCCCCACCAUGUCCCCAUUUUCUACUCCUUUCCGCCCCUCCUUGGAUCAUGCCUUCCCCAGCUCACUGCACCUGGAGCACAGCUUCUGGCUUCCAGCAGCUGCUGAGCCCUCCUUGGGACCGAGCUCCACCUCCACUACCCUGGUUCCAGUGGAACACUGGCAAGUGGACCAGCCAGAUGCCGUAGGUAGCCAUCUGCCCCAGGCACAGUGCCAAGUGGCCUCUGGACACAUCCCCUGCACAGUGAACAGAAGCGCCAAGCAGGCCUGCGAGCAGGUUGGCUGUUGUUAUGACAGUACCAAGGAGGUGCCCUGCUACUAUGGCAACACAGCUACUCUGCAAUGUUUCCGAAAUGGUUCCUUUACCUUGGUCGUGUCCCGAGAAAUGGCCCUGGCACACACAGUCACCCUGGCCAACAUGCACCUGGCCUAUGCCCCCAGCCGCUGCCCCCCAGCCCAGAAGACCAAUACUUUCGUGGUCUUCCACGCCCCCCUCACCCACUGUGGUACCACAGUCCAGGCGAUUGGGAGGCAGCUCAUCUAUGAGAAUCAGCUGGAGUCCAACAUCGACAUCCAGAAGGGGCCUCAGGGCUCCGUCACGCGGGACAGCUCCUUCCAGCUUCACAUCCGCUGUAUCUUCAAUGCCAGUGACUUCCUGCCCAUCCAGGCAGAUGUCUUCUCGCCCCGAUUGCCUGCCCCUGUGACUCAGUCUGGCGCCCUGAGGCUGGAGCUACGGAUUGCCAAGGAUGAGACGUUUAGCUCCUUCUACGAGGAGGGGGACUAUCCCCUGGUGAGGCUGCUCCGGGAGCCGGUGCACGUGGAGGUGCGACUGCUGCAGAGGACGGACCCCAGGCUGGUGCUGCUUCUACACCAGUGCUGGGCCACUCCUGGUGCCAACCCCUUCCAGCAGCCCCAGUGGCCACUCCUAAAAGAUGGGUGUCCGUUCAAGGGCGACAGCUACAGAACACAAGUGGUGGCCUUAGACAGGGCAGCGCUGCCCUUCUGGUCUCACUACCAACGUUUCACGGUGGCCACCUUCACCCUCCUGGACUCUGCUGCUCAGAGAGCCCUCAGGGGACAGGUUUACUUCUUCUGCAGCGCCUCAGCCUGCCACCCCUCGGGGCUGGAGACCUGCUCGGCUGUGUGUCGUUCGGGGACUGCACGGCGCCGACGAUCCCCUGUGAGACCCUUGGACAUUGUGAGCUCUCCAGGGCCGGUGGGCUUCCAGGACUCUGCCAGGCAAGAGCCCACAGGUUCCGGCAGCAUCUCCAGCCUGAAGCCUCUGCUCUGGGUUGCCCUGGUGCCGCUGGCUGCUGCUCUCAUCCUGGGGGUCGGUGUCUUUGUGGGCCUGAAAGCUCCAGGAAGAUCACAAACUCAAUAA